GCGCGCUGCCAAGCGCGGCCCUCUGCUUCCGCCGCGUCCUGCUGCUUCCGCAGCUCCCGCCGCUUCCGCCGUUGAUCCCCGACUGCGUCAUCUCACCUCUUCUCUCGGUUACUGCUGCUGUGUGUGUUCUUUGGCAGCCACUUCUACCUCGUGAUCAUGGCUGACUCGUCUUCUUCUUCAGUCAACACUACUCUGCCUGAUGUUGUGUCUGCGCGGACUGAUCAUGUACCGGUUCAGGUUACCACCAUUCAACUUACCAAGGAGAACUAUUCCCGAUGGUCUGCUGCGAUUACCAUGGGGAUUGCUGGGCGAGGACGCAUUGCCUAUGUGAAUGGGAGAAAGGUUGAACCUGCUGCAGAUAGUCUGGCUUGGGAUACAUGGUUUCUUGAAGACAACCAGGUCAAAACCUGGAUUGUCAAUUCAGUGUCCCCGGAUAUCCAACCCCUCAUUCUUCGUAAGAAGACUGCAAGGGAUAUGUGGAUUAUUUUGGAGCAGAUGUAUGGCCAAAAGAAAAGGAAAGUUCGUGUGUAUCAACUUAUGAAGGAUGUGUAUUCCCUGCGACAAGGUGCUCUCUCGGUUGCAGACUUUUAUGCAGCAUUAAAAUCUAAGUGGGAGGACCUUGACUAUCACUCUGAUAUUCCAUGGAGGUGUCCUCACGACCAGAUGCAGUACAUGACUGAUAAAUGGGAAAACAGGGUAUUCCUUUUCUUAUCCGGACUGAAUGAUGACUUUGAAAAUAUAAGGAGUCAGAUUCUUAACUCUGACGAAUCAUUUAGUAUUGAAGAUGUCUAUUCCCGUGUUGAAGCUGAAGAACAGAGAAGGCUGCUCUCUAGUGGACGAAAGGGGGAAGAACAGUCUGCCUAUGUUAGCCGUGCCCCUGUGGGAACUCCUCGUUCUUCUCGAAAAUGUACUCAUUGCAAAAAACUUGGUCAUACUAGGGAUUUUUGUUGGGACCUGUAUCCAGAGAAGAAGGAUAGUAGGGGGAGGUCUUCGAGUGGGAAGAAGUCUGUAUCGUCUGCAACAAGUCUGAGUGAUGGGAAAGGUUCUAUUUCUGCAGAGCAGAUCCGUGAGCUACGAGCAUAUUUGAGCAAGAUUGAUGUUGGUCAGGCAGAUACACCAGAUGAGGUGAAGAUCAAUCAGGCAUUGGCUGUUUCAGGGGGAGAAGGACUUGGUGACAGGGAAGAGGAUUGGGAUUGGUUUGGUGUCUGAUGGGCUGUAUCGGCUUCCUAUACGCGUUGUCACAGCUCUUAUGUCAGCAGUCAGCAGAACAGAGAAGAAGGAGGAAGAGUGUCG